AUUCUCGAGGCAGUUGUUAGCUUAGAGGAGACGUCGUCAGCUCGUGAGCUGAAGCGAGACAAGAGGGGAAAAUCACUGCAGACGAUUGAUUGAUUGGGAGAUCGGAGCUCGGUGGAAGAAUGGAGAGCGCGUCGGAGCUGGUACCGUUCCCGCUUCUGAUGACGCCGAUCGAGUCCAACUACAGGUCCUGCACCAUCCCCUAUAGGUUCCCCUCCGACAACCCCAAGAAGGCCACCCCGACCGAGAUCGCCUGGAUCGAUCUCUUCCUCAGCUCCAUCCCUUCUUUCAAGAAGCGAGCAGAGAGUGAUACCACAGUUCCCGAUGCGCCUGCUAGAGCUGAAAAAUUCGCUCAGAGGUAUUCUGAGAUACUGGAGGACUUAAAGAAAGAUCCCGAAAACCAUGGUGGGCCUCCUGAUUGCAUUCUCCUCUGCAGACUUCGCGAGCAGGUUCUUAGGGAGCUCGGAUUUAGAGACAUAUUCAAGAAGGUGAAGGAUGAAGAGAAUGCAAAGGCUAUAUCUCUUUUCCCGGAUGUAGUGAAGCUUAAUGAUUCCAUUGAAGAUGAAGAGAAGCGUUUUGAAAAUCUGGCCAGAGGGAUAUUUGCAGGAAAUAUAUUUGAUCUUGGUUCUGCUGCUCUUGCAGAAGUCUUCUCCAAGGAUGGGAUGUCCUUUCUGGCUAGCUGCCAAAAUCUACUUCCGCGACCAUGGGUCAUUGAUGAUUUGGACACUUUCAAACUAAGAUGGGUCAAAAAAUCAUGGAAGAAGGCUAUUAUUUUUGUUGAUAACUCUGGUGCAGAUAUUAUUUUGGGCAUCAUGCCAUUUGCAAGAGAGUUGCUGAGGCGGGGAACUCAGGUUGUGCUUGCUGCUAAUGAUUUGCCUUCUAUCAAUGAUGUUACCUACCCUGAAUUGCUGGAGAUUGUAUCAAAGUUGAAGGAUGAACAUGGGAAGCUAAUGGGUGUAGAUACAUCAAACCUUUUGAUUGCUAACUCUGGGAAUGAUUUACCGGUCAUAGAUCUAACCAGUGUUUCUCAAGAGCUGGCAUAUCUCGCUAAUGAUGCGGAUCUUGUUAUCAUGGAGGGAAUGGGUCGUGGAAUUGAGACAAACCUCUAUGCACAAUUCAAGUGCGAUUCUCUCAAGAUUGCUAUGGUGAAACAUCCGGAGGUCGCCCAGUUCCUAGGCGGACGGCUUUACGAUUGCGUCUUCAAGUACAUGGAAGUAUCCAGUCCUUGAUCAGUUUAUCUGUACACUCAGCCUGAUUCUUUUAUGUUGCAAGAAAUUGGAGGUAGAUCUUCUUUAGCAUAAGAAUUAUCUUAUCGAAACAGGGGAUAGAAGAAGGAAGCCGUUUGCGCAGAUUGAAUAGAAGUUCGCCCUGCUUUCUACGUAUUUAUGUAUGAUGUACCCUUUUUGCACAAUGGAUCAUCCUGACCUUCAACUUCGGCUCAUGCAGUUUCGAUUAGUUUUCUCGUAUCUGAGAAUUUUGGGUGGGCUAGCAGCCAUCAUUUUAUCGAGAGGCUAAGAUGGUCUUGGAUUAGCCACUCCAGCCUCGAUCUAUGUUCUCCAUGGCCUCAAGUUGAGACUGGGUAGCCUCGAUCUCUCUUGAUGAAGGCUGCUUUUCGUGUUUUACCAGAAAAAUAUAUUACAUUCCCUGUGAUUGGACAUUUCCAGCUAACCUUUCCUUGUGACAAUACUCAAAUCAAAUGCUCUUAAUUA